AUGAACAUCCCAAAACUGGCCUCCGCCUACACACCGGCCCAAUUAACCAAGUAUCUGGACUACAUCGCGCUACCAAAUCAAUAUGCACAAUAUCUCAACGACCCAGAAACAUUUCCCAAGACUGAAGAAGCCUUGAAAGAUAUCUUCCGAUGUCAGAUCACUCGAUUCCCAUACGACAACCUGACAUGUCACUAUUCCACUACCCAACUAGCAGAGAUCCAACCCGACAGAAUCUACACCAAAGUCAUUGGACGCGACGACACAGCCCCCUCCUGUCGAGGAGGCUACUGCCUGGAAGUGAGCAUUUUCUUCCACCACGUGCUGCGUGGCCUAGGAUUCUCAGUGUACAUGACGGGUGUUCGGAACCGGGAGCGGAUUGAUGGUAUACCGCAAGGGCAAUUCAAAGGAUGGACACACAUCGUCAACAUCGUCCAUCUACCCAGCGGCGUAGGGUACCAUCUGGACGCGGCAUUCGGCGGAGACGGGCCAACAAGUCCCCUACCGCUGAUCUCGGGUCAGAUAACGAAGAACCUGGGGUCCCAGGAAGUGCGACUCAUUUACGACAAUAUGCCAAAACAGACGCGCAAAGAGCAGAAGGUCUGGAUAUACGAGUAUCGCAACGGUGCGGAUAAGCCGUGGAAUUCAUUCUAUUCGUUUGCAGAGCUGGAGUUUUUUCAGGAAGAUUUCGAAGUGAUCAAUCGAUUUACGAGCUGGGAGGCUGUGGAAAAACGCAGUUUCGUAGUGGUCAAGUUCAUUCGAAAUGGGGAGACAGCGGGAUUGCCGUUGUUGGAGGGAGAGGUUUGGGAGAAAACGGAUGAUAUUUUUAUUGCUGGGAAGAUUAUGAUGGCUAACAAUGUCGUCAAGUUGAAUAUGGGCGGUAGGACGAGGAUUAUUGAUUCAUUUGAAAGUGAGGAGGGAAGGUUUGAAGCGCUGAAGAAGUGGUUUUCUAUUUAUUUGUGA